AUGUCCAAGGCGGAGAAGUUGUUGAUGUUCGCGCGGCGCGCGUAUCGCACCGUCCCUACUAGCGAUCUACACCACAUAAAUAAGCUCCAAUUGCACACCAUGCCUAAAAGGAAAGCGCCCACAAAACUUUCUGGGCUUACCGGCUCAGACGAUGAAGAUUUGAUGCAGAUGACGGCAAAUGGGAGUGCAUCUGUACAGGAAUUACACGACGAACCUGCUGCCAAGAAACGACGAGGCCGACCGCGAACAUCAGGCGACAACCCGAUCGUAUCCCAGUCGACAGCUCAGACCAAGAAAAGAGAAUCAGUUGCAGCUACGCAAACCGAGUCUUCUCAAGCUAAGAAACCAGCUGGUCGACGAGGGCGACCACGCGGUAGCAGUCGCCUAUCUGAAGCCCCGGAGACACAAAUGGAAGCAGAGCCUCCGCAUGAGGUAACCGAAGAACCAAAUGACGAAGAAAACGAGGAACCCGUGGCUCCUAAGCAGACAAAGACAACCCGCGCAACGAGGGCUGCUAAGCCUGCACCGACUCGUCGGACAGCUCGCACAGUCAGCGCAGCAAAGCAAGUAACCGCAGAUGGCGAAUUCGAGUAUACGCCCUCCGGUUCGAGGCAAGCUGCAGGUCAGGAGUCUAAGGAGGGACCGGAACCCAGCCCCCGUCCACGUGCCGUUCAACGACGACAGAAACAAGUUGAGGAGGUCAACACAGCACAGGAGGAUGAACCUGCGGUAGAUGUUGUAGAUGAGUCUAUCCUUCCCGAGGAAGCGCCUCCUGCUCGUCAUUUGCCUUCUGCUGCUGUGAAAGAUGCACGAUCCCGGUUGUCUUCGAUGCACAACGCACUAGAGCUUUCUCCUCGUAAACGCAAGUCAGGCGAUGCUGAGCAAGGUGGAGAUCCGGAGCUGAGGCGUAAAAUUGGUGAUCUCACCAAGAAGCAUGAUGCCCUGGAAACCAGGUAUCGCAAUCUUCGGGAGAUUGGAGUCGUAGAGGCCAACACAAACAUGGAAAAGUUACGCAAGCAGUGUGAGACUGUCACUACAGCUUCCAACGAGUUGGUAGCAUCUCUCAAAUCUGAACUGGAAGCACAGCGAGCUCUGGGGCAACGGAGCCGUGGACUCGAGAAGCAACUGAAAGAACGGGAUGCUGAGAUAUCCCGUCUGCAUGCUCAGGCAGAUGAAUCACGUUCUCAACUUUCAGCCUCUCAAACCGAGGUCAAGGCCUUGCAGACUAAGUUGGCUGCCGCGCGCAAUACGGCCGCCAGCCUGGAGAAGACCGUCAAGGCUCCCGGCAGUGCAAUCAAGGGCGGACUUGCAAACCGUGCAGUGGCAGCCGCCAAUGCUGGGGCUGCGCAGGCAGCUCAAGUCGCUCAGCUCAAGGAAGAUCUAUAUAGUGACUUGACUGGUUUGAUCGUCCGUGGUGUAACGGACCGAGAAUCCGAUCACUUAUAUGAUUGUAUACAGACCGGAGUCAACGGAACCCUACACUUCAAGUUGGCAAUUCCCAAGGUACCUAGCUCGGAGUAUGAAAAGGCAGUGUUUGAAUACCUGCCUCUGUUAGAUGCCAGCCGUGAUCGGGAGCUUGUUGAUAUUCUGCCCGACUUUUUGAUCGACCAUAUUACUUUCGAGCGGGAACAGGCACCAAAGUUUUAUACAAGGGUUAUUGAUGCUCUGACUAAGCGGCGGUCCAGCACGGCAUCGCGUGCGUAA